ACUUUUGUCCUAGUCCUACUAUUAGUAGUGGAAGAUGUUAGGCGCAUGAACAUCCCCCCACGCCAACCCAUUCGGCAAUAUCUAAUCUGAACUUCUCCACUAACACGAACCCAAAAGUUAACUGAUUGGCAAUGGCAACGGUAGCAGUAGCAGCAACUACAAGCGCUUCAUCCCUGCAGCUCUCUUCAACUUCUGUUCAUGGUACAUUCCAAACUAGUGAUUUCACCUUCUUGGGUGUCUCAAAACCUCCUCCAUUUCCCAGCCCAAAACUAAAAACCUCUGCUGCUGCCAUCAGAUGUCAAUCCACAAGUACCAACGAACCAAAAGCUAAAAGGAAUCUUUUGGAUAAUGCAAGCAACCUUCUUACCAAUUUCCUAAGUGGAGGAAGUCUUGGUUCUAUGCCUGUAGCUGAAGGCGCUGUUUCUGAUUUGUUUGGUCGACCUCUCUUCUUCUCUUUGUAUGAUUGGUUUUUAGAGCAUGGCUCUGUGUAUAAACUUGCUUUUGGGCCAAAAGCUUUUGUUGUUGUAUCAGAUCCUAUUGUUGCAAGGCAUAUUCUUAGAGAAAAUGCAUUUUCCUUUGACAAGGGAGUUCUGGCUGAUAUACUAGAACCAAUAAUGGGCAAAGGACUUAUACCUGCCGAUCUUGACACAUGGAAACAAAGGAGAAGAGUUAUUGCUCCUGGAUUCCAUGCAUUAUACUUGGAAGCUAUGGUCAAAGUAUUUACUGAUUGCUCAGAACGAACAACAAUGAAAUUUGAAAAGCUUCUAGAUGGAGAACAUUCGCGUGGAGGAGAUGUGAUUGAGUUAGACCUUGAAGCAGAGUUUUCAAGCUUAGCUUUGGAUAUUAUUGGACUUGGUGUCUUCAACUAUGACUUUGGUUCUAUUACAAAAGAGUCUCCUGUGAUUAAGGCAGUGUAUGGUACUCUUUUUGAAGCUGAGCAUCGAUCCACUUUCUACAUCCCAUACUGGAAAAUUCCUCUGGCAAGGUGGGUGGUCCCUCGACAACGGAAGUUCCACUAUGACCUUAAGAUCAUCAAUGACUGUCUUGAUGGACUCAUCAGAAAUGCAAAAGAUAACAGACAGGAAGCAGAUGUUGAAAAACUGCUGCAAAGGGACUACUUGAAUAUUAAGGAUGCAAGUCUUUUGCGUUUUUUGGUGGAUAUGAGGGCAGCAGAUGUUGAUGAUCGUCAGCUGAGAGAUGAUCUAAUGACAAUGCUUAUUGCUGGCCAUGAAACAACAGCAGCUGUUCUAACUUGGUCUGUUUUCCUUCUUGCACAAAACCCAUCUAAAAUUAGAAAAGCUCAAGCAGAGAUUGAUUCAGUUCUGGGCAAGGAGAGACCAACUUAUGAAUCAAUUAAAAAGUUGGAGUACAUAAGACUUAUUAUUGUAGAGGCUCUUCGCUUAUAUCCUCAGCCUCCACUGCUUAUCAGACGAGCUCUUAAAGCAGAUGUGUUACCAGGAGGAUACAAAGGUGACAAAGAUGGUUAUGCCAUUCCUGCUGGGACUGAUAUCUUUGUUUCUGUAUAUAAUCUUCAUAGAUCCCCAUAUUUUUGGGACCGGCCCCAUGAUUUCAUCCCAGAGAGGUUUCUGAUACAAAAGAAGAGUGAAGGCAUUGAAGGAUGGGCAGGUUUUGAUCCAUCUCGGAGCCCUGGAGCACUAUACCCUAAUGAGAUAAUAUCAGAUUUUGCCUUCUUACCUUUCGGCGGGGGACCAAGAAAGUGUGUUGGAGAUCAAUUUGCACUCAUGGAGUCAACUGUAGUAUUGGCCAUUUUGUUGCAAAAGUUUGAUGUGGAGUUGAAAGGAUCUCCCGAGUCUGUGGAGUUAGUGACAGGUGCAACAAUUCACACAAAAAAAGGAUUAUGGUGCAAGCUAAAGAAGAGGUCUUAUGGCCAUUAAUAUUUUCCCUUUACCAGGAAUUGAGCUUCCACACUGCAGUAUCAACUUACAGAAAGUAUAUAACAUAUUCUUUCAGGGAUGGAAAAAGAAAUGUAAAUUUAUGGAUAUGCUCUACAAAUAUUGAGACAGAAAUAAAAAUCCAUAUAUUUCGGUCA